AUUUUCGCUGCCACACCUUUCCGUAAUUUUGCUAUCUCCACGCCCUUCAGACGAGGAAUUAGUCCGUGACCUUGUCAGGUCUCCGUACAUUUUACACCUGUUAUCGGGUACCUGGUCCACUCUCCGCUGACGUGAGAGGUAGACACCUUGGCUUUACGGGAAGACUGCAGACCGGUAUUUCCUAAAUCAUCUAUUUAUAGUCUUACAGCGAUGUAUAGUUUGACUGACGGCAUGAAGGGAAGCUAGGACACACGAGGUUUUAAGAUGACGUCUACAGAAAUACUGGUGACGGGAGCGAUCGGGGUCUCCAUCUACCUGAUCAUCUUCUGUACCAAGUGCUUCAAACACAAGUAUGAACGGAGGCAGACCGAAGACGAGAGAAAGCUUAUACAAAAGAUAACCAAGGACAAACAGUCUCAAACGGACGACGUCUCCAAGACAUCGAGCAGUGUAGGAACAGAGCCUAACAAGGAAUUAACUUGUGUUGGCAACAAGAGCAAAAACGAAAAGAAAACAAAUGAAAUUGGUGUACAAACUGAAGGUGGCAAGGGACCUUCUGAUUUGGUUGAGAAAAAAGACAAGUGUUUCCAAACUGAGAAUACAGAAAAAGUAUCGAUCGGAACAGAUGUGUGCAUUGUUAAAAAGAGAACAGAGGACCAAUGUCUACAGACCGACUUCCCGAAAGAAACAGAAGUAACAGAAGCAGAGGAGGACACGAGCAAGGUCUGUGUACAGCCUUCCAUGACUGAGCAUGAUGACGUCAUAGACGGCUACCCGCCACCAGAACCACCGCAUCUUACUAAGUCUGAAGUCUUCAGCAGCCGUGGCUUCUCUGAUGUAAAACAACACGCCCUGCAGGUUCCAGAGAUGGAAUGCAACAGUUAUGAAUCUCUGUUACGAUACCUCUGUGGAAAUUUCGAAUCAGACUUUCAGAGAGUGUAUGCGAUUUUCUGUUGGAUUAUAAACAGACAGCUUCCUAUUAAUGGUGAUACUAGGAGCAAAGACUCUCCUGUACAAUACCUGUACCUCAUCAUGCAAGGGAAGGGUACGUCAGCUGACCUGAUGAGCAAAAUGUGCAGAGAAAUCGGCAUACCAUGUGUUAUGAUUCACGGCUUUGAAAAAAAUGGAACAUAUGAAGUUGGUGAGGUCAUGACAAAAGAGAAGCACAGUAACUGCUGGAACGCUGUAUAUAUAGAGAAAAACUGGUGGUUUGUUUAUUGUAAAGGGGCACAGACUUCAAAAGAGGAAAAUUGCACUGGGUUCAUUACAGAUAACGAGAAACAAAUAGAUAGUGUAUCCUCUCCUCUCAAAGCACUCUCACAAGAUUUUUACUUCUUAACAGAGCCGUCGAUUUUUAUCCAUACUUUCUAUCCAUUCGAUGACCGUUGGCAGCUUUUAAGUAAAACAGUGAGCUUAGGAGACUUUGAAUCCCGUCCGUUUCUCCACCCUGCCUUCCAUUUCUUGAAACUCGAAUUCAUUAAUAAGGAUAUUGCCUGCACAGUUGCUAUUUCAGAAACUUUUAAUCUAAAAAUCAGAUUUCCUCAUAUCUCGUUGGGAAGACUGAGUUUCGAUUACAAGAUUUCUAGUUUAAAGGCUCAAGAGCUCGAGAGUUCGAAUAUGAAGAAGUACUCUCUCCAUUACAUCAUUGAUGACGUUGCUUAUUUUGACUUUCGGUUUCCCGCUGCGGCAGUAGGGGAAUACAAGCUGCAAAUUUUUGGCAAAGUUUUAGGUCAUGUUACAUCUACGGCCCCUCUGUGUGAGUUUAAGCUGAUAUGCGAGAAAGGGAUUGAAUCACUCGCGCCAUUGCCGGUAGAUGCUGACGUUGGAUGGGGAGGCACGUCUGCUAAACUUGAAGAACGUGGCGUCAAGGUGGUGUCACACGCUAACGGCCUUUAUCCUUGGGUAGAAGAUGAAAUGAAAUUUGAUUUUGCUUAUCCAGAACAUAGCGAUGCGAAAGCAGAAUUGAGGAAAAUUGGUGAAAAUGAAAAACACUUUGAAAAGUCCGUCAACACCGAGAAAAAGGGCCACAACGUUAAUGUAUCUGUACACCCUCCACUUCAUGAACAAGGGGAGUUUGUUUUGAAGAUUUAUAUUCGGGACCCCAAUGCCUCAGAAUUUAUCAACGUUUGUAAUUAUCUACUGGAGAGAACAGAGACCCAAAGUCAACGAAAAGCAAGAGAGCGUCUUCUGAAGUUACUAAAGUCUGAAAAUGCUAAACCAAUAGAAGUUCAGAAAGCCAAAGAAGAGUUCCAGAAAAGUGGUGGAAAAGACUUUGGGGAGGUUGCUAAAGCUGAAAGGAAAAUGCAUCACAUAUCACUCAGGAAAGCUUUAGAAGAACUGCGAACCUACCACGACCCGCCGGAUUCGGUUUUAGUCAUAAUGCAUGCUACAUAUAUUAUUCUUGGAAAAGACGAAAAGGAUAUCCUCGAAUGGAAAAGCCAGAAGAGACUCCUACGUAAGAUAGAGGUGACUCUGAGUGAAUUUGACGUGAAGCAUGUGUCGGCUGAUUCGCUGACCAGGGCUAAAGAUGUACUGAAGAGUAUGGACAGUGCCAAGGCCCGCAAAUCUAGCGCCGCAGCCGCCAAACUUUAUGAGUGGGCAAUCACUAUAAUAAAAGAGAUGGAGGAACAAAACAAAGGAUGAGUCCCGGAGACAACACAGUCACAGACUGAGCAAUCUGUAUCAAUCCUGAUACCUGUCAAACCGUUUAGAAUGAGAAUUUUCUAAACAUCUCUAAUGUUUGUAAAAAAAACUACGACAAAUGUCUAAUAAAACUAAAACUGAAACAUUGUCUUUUUAUUAAAAGAAAGAGAGUUUACCAUUUAACAGAGAUAUUCAUUCUUGGAUUCCUGUUGAUAAAAAGAAAUAUUUGUUAUAUUGAACUCUAAAACUAGUUUAAUGGAUGCCUUGAUUGAAAUAUAUAUGGAGAUAUAAACAAACGAACAAAAGAUCAUUUUAAUCAAUACAAAAUAGGACCAGAGCAAACACGGACCUCCAAAACAUCAGAGAUGGAAUCAGGUGCCAUGGAGGUGUAGCAUUCCCUGCCCACCGGUCACACAUGCCGUAUGCUCCUUGCCGUGAUCGGGAAAUAACGAAAAAAUCCGUCGUCAAUUCAGUGUAUAAAUAAUGAACUAAC